AUGAAGCUCAGCGCAUGGAUCUUGGUUGCUAUCGCAGCACAAGAUGCGUACUGUUCUGAUAUAUUUGAAAGAGGCACCUGUCAUGCAAACGACUGUCUCCGCGUUGUGAGGGGUAACUAUGCGUGGCCAAACCUUGCUUCUCGCAGAGCAGAUUGCUCCAAGUUUCAGCGAGCUACUGUCACCCCUGGAAGACGGACAGCAACUGUUACUCGAACGACUACAAUCACCACUACGUUAACUCCAAACAUCAGGAUUCGAGAUGGUGAGCUUGAUGAGCGAACGUAUGCAAAUAGGAAUGCUGUUCCUUGGUAUGCGAAAUUGGUGUGCAGAUCUCCAGAAGCAUAUGCCAGUGCAUGUUCAUGCAUCGGAAUCCCAAAAUAUACCACCGUUCUGGCUACGCCGACCACUACCAAGACCUCAAAAGCAACUGCUACUGCUACUGUGUGCCCAGCACCAUUCACAAAGUGCGGCACUACAUGUAAAAGGCUCUCAACGGACCGUGAUAAUUGUGGUGGCUGUGGUACUCAGUGCCCUACUGAUUACACCUGCGAGGAAAGUGUCUGCCAACCCCCAGCACUUCAAUGCGGCCCACAAACGAAUUGUGGUGGGACUUGCAUCGAUACGCAGACAGAUAACAAUAAUUGCGGAGGCUGCGGUCAAUUUUGUAGCCAGGGCUUCACUUGUCAAGCUGGAACCUGCACUCAAGAGACCUGCGAUGCAGGUGGUGGUGUCCAAGGUGGUUUCUGCCGUGGGGUUUGCGUCGAUUUCCAAACAAAUAAUAGAAACUGCGGGAUGUGUGGAAGAGAUUGCGGUGAUGGCUCAGUGUACACCUGCGACGCUGGGACUUGCAUCCAACAGCCAGUUUGUAUCUUGCCCGAUUCCAGGAUUGGAUUCACCUGUGGUGGGCUGUGUAAAGAUGUGCGAUAUGAUCGUGAUAACUGCGGUGCUUGUCGUAAUGCUUGUCCGGCUGGAGAUAUUUGCGACAACCUCCGGUGCUCCACUCCGCCCACGAAGUGACUUCAGAG